AUGCCUUCACCUCCCCCAUUUGGCCACUACGUUCCUACCGUCUGCUUUUUCGAUGAAAAUGAAGAGCUUGAUGUAUCCGCGAUAAAUCCCGCAUUUUCAAGUAGCAAAGUUCAGCUGCACUCUGGUGGAGUUGCUGGCGUCAUCGUCCAAGGCACAAACGACAAGGCUCAGCACCUUUCCCAUGAGGAAUGCAAUCGGCGCGAGAAGACGCAAAAGCUCUGCGUCGACGCGAAAGAUGCGGGAGCUGACUACGCGCUGAUUCUAUCACCAUCGACAUUUCCAUCGCAGAUGUCUGUUCCAAGCGUUAUUCGAUUCCAUCAUGAGGUUGCCGAUGCCUCGCCCAUUCCCACAAUGAUAUACAAUUUCCCCACCGUAACCGCCGGGUUAGAUCGUGACUCUGACGCACUCGUUGCCCUGGCCAAGCACCCUAACAUUGUCGGGGCCAAACUCACUUGCGGAAACAUCGCCAAACUACACCGAAUCAUAUCCUCUGUAUCGGCUUCAAAAAUUGCGGUCUUGGCAGGGAAAGCAGACUUCGUUCUUCCGGGUUUAUUAGCCAGUAGCAGUGGAUGCAUCACCGCACUCUCCAACCUCACGCCCAAGCUUCACGGUAGGCUAUUUUAUUUGUGGAGGGCGGGCAAGGGGGAGGAAGCGAUGAAACUGCAGGCGACCUUGGCCCAUGCCGAUUGGGCACUACACAAAUUGGGUGGAAUUGGAGGUGUGAAAAAAGUGGUGUCAAAGGCGUAUGGAUACGGAACUGGGAAGGUUCGGACACCGUUGAAGGAAGCUAUGUAUGAAUCUUUGUUAGGAAACCAGCACUAUGAGACACUGAUGGACUUGAUCCGCAUGGAGGAGAGGUUGUAUUCGAAACUGUAG